AUGGCAAUGCCAAUGGGAAAUGCAGUAACACCGGAGAUUAAGCAUUUUCCGGCAGUUGUUACCGGCGGUGAGAUGCAGUACAGGCCACAACCGCAACAGUGGUUUGUUGAUGAGAGAGACGGGUUUAUGAACUGGCUUCGCAGCGAGUUCGCGGCUGCGAACGCGAUUAUAGAUUGUCUUGUUCAGCAUUUGCGUGUUGUGGGUGAGGGUGGUGAGUAUGAUUUUGUUGUAGGUGCGAUUGAGCAGAGGAGGGUUAAUUGGACUCAGGUGGCGUGGAGGAGGCAGCAGAGGCCGGUUAAGCCGGUUGUUAAGGAGUUUAGGAAGGUUAGGCAAUGGCAGAGAUUUGAGCCUGUUAAUGGUAAGGAGGGUAGUAAUUCUAGUGUUGAGUCUCGGCGUUGGGAAGGGAAUUCCGCUGUAAAAGGGUCUCAAGUAGUUGAUAAGAGUGAAGAACUUAAAUCUGGUGGUAAAGUUGGAAGUAAGGAUGAUAAGAGUUCAGACACUACUGAGGAGAAUAUAGAUACUGUAACAAAUCAUCAAUCUGAUGUCAUUUUGAAGAGCUCUGGGAAUUCUCAAGGAUCACUGUCCAGUGCAGAAUGUAAAGCUGUGGAUGUAAAUGAAGAAUGUGCAUCAAAGUCUGGAGAAAAUGAUUCACUUUCUAUGCAAAGUCAACACCAGAACGAAAAUGGUUCUACCAUAGGAAAAACUUAUGUUAGCAAUGAGAUAUUCGAUGGGAAGACGGUUAAUGUGGUUGAAGGAUUGAAGUUGUAUGAUGAUUUAUUUGAUAGUACUGAAAUUUCUAAACUUGGUUCAUUGGUCAAUGAUUUGAGGGUUGCCGGAAGAAAAGGACAAUUGCAAGAAAGUCAGACAUAUUUGUUUUCUAAAAGGCCCAUGAGAGGACAUGGAAGGGAGCUGAUUCAGUUGGGUGUUCCCAUUGUUGAUGCACCACUAGAUGCGGAUAAUGUGACAGCAUCGUUCAAAGAUAAGAAUGUGGAAUCUAUGCCUAACUUGUUUCAAGAUAUCAUUGAGCGCAUGGCUGCCUCACAAGUGAUGACUGUGAAGGCUGAUGCUUGCGUUGUGGAUUUCUAUAACGAGGGUGAUCACUCGAUGCCAAACAGUUGGCCGUCUUGGUUUGGAAGGCCUGUUUAUAUGCUUUUCCUGACUGAAUGUGACAUGACUUUCGGGAGGACAAUUGUCCCAGACCACCAUGGGGAUUAUAGGGGCAGUGUCAAGCUUUCUCUUGUACCUGGGUCCUUUCUAGUGAUGCAAGGAAAAUCAGCCGACUUUGCCAAACAUGCUAUUCCUUCUAUUCAAAAACAACGCAUAAUUGUUACUUUCACAAAGGCUAUACCAAAAAAGUCUUUUCCAAUCAAUGCUGCUUUGCCGGCAACAUCACAUUACUCAACCAGAUCUCCAAAUCAUAUCAGUCAUCGUGCGAUAGCUCCCAAGCAUUAUUCUGCAGUUCAUGUAACUGGAGUACUGCCGGCUCCUUCCCUACAAGCACCUCCUAACAGCAUGCAACCAUUGUUUGUGCCGGCACCAGUUGCUACUCCCAUGCAAUUUGCUACAUCUGUGCCGAUCCCACCUGGCUCUACGGGAUGGACCACAGCUCCUCCAAGGCAUCCUCCUCCUCGAGUCCUUGUUCCCGGCACGGGAGUCUUCCUUCCUCCACCUGGCUCAGCUAAUUCAUCUCAGCCCUCACAAGGUAAAAUGGAUGAAAAUAUUCAAAGGCAAGAAUGCAAUGGAAAUGCCAGUGGAACUGAAGACGAACAAGCUAUAGAGAAAGAAGGGGAAAACAACGGAGAAACUGUCUCAAGCUAA